AUUUAAGAUAAGGGCAUUUUUAUCCAUGCCUUUUAUAUUCUUGAUUCUUGAAGCCUUGUAGUUGCAGCUUUAACUGAUAACACCAAUGGAGAAAUUUCAUAAUGUGAUUGGUAGUAGAAGAGGCAGUUCUUUUCCUUGAAUUUUUCAUGGACCCUGAAGCCAGUACUCAGAGAAAUCCUUCAAAGAAGGACUCAUGGAGGAGCCUUUUACUCUUGGCUUACCAAAGCCUAGGGGUGGUAUAUGGGGACUUGAGCAUUUCCCCUCUCUAUGUAUACAAGAGCACGUUUGCAGACGAUAUCACUCAUUCGGAGACCAACGAAGAAAUAUUUGGGGUUCUGUCUUUUGUUUUUUGGACGCUCACACUAAUCCCACUUUUCAAGUACGUCUUCAUAGUGCUCAGAGCUGAUGAUAAUGGAGAAGGUGGUACAUUUGCUCUGUAUUCAUUGAUAUGCAGGCAUGCAAAAGUAAGCCUUUUACCCAAUAGGCAGGUUGCAGAUGAGGAGCUUUCUACAUACAUAAUGGAAUCUCCCCCUGACAAAAGGAAUGGAUCAAGGGUAAAAAUUUGGUUAGAGAAGCAUAAGAAUUUUCAUACGGCUUUGCUAAUUGUGGUUUUAUUGGGCACUUGUAUGGUAAUUGGAGAUGGGGUGCUUACUCCAGCAAUUUCUGUUUUCUCAGCAGUCUCAGGGCUUGAGCUGUCUAUGUCCAAAGAGCAUCGUGAAUAUGCGGUGGUUCCAAUCACAUGCUUCAUAUUGGUAUGCUUGUUUGCGCUGCAACAUUAUGGGACUCACCGAGUUGGCUUCUUCUUUGCACCAGUUGUAUUGACUUGGUUACUAUGUAUUAGUACCCUCGGAUUGUACAACAUAUUUCAUUGGAACCCAUAUGUGUAUCAAGCACUGUCCCCAUACUACAUGUACAAGUUCUUGAAGAAGACCAGAAAGGGUGGUUGGAUGUCCUUGGGCGGAAUCCUCUUGUGCAUCACUGGAUCGGAGGCCAUGUUUGCAGACCUUGGCCAUUUCUCGUACAGAGCAAUACAGAUGGCCUUCACCUUUGUAGUUUACCCUGCACUCAUUUUAGCAUAUAUGGGCCAAGCUGCGUAUCUCUCAAAACACCAUCACAUAGACACAAGCUACCAAAUUGGCUUCUAUGUCUCUGUGCCAGAGAGUGUGAGGUGGCCUAUACUUGCUAUUGCAAUCCUCGCUUCAGUGGUGGGAAGCCAGGCUAUUAUUAGUGGAACUUUCUCCAUCAUUAACCAGAGCCAGUCUCUGAGCUGCUUUCCAAGAGUGAAGGUGGUUCAUACAUCAGACAAAAUUCAUGGCCAAAUUUACAUACCAGAGGUUAACUGGAUGCUCAUGGUCCUCACUCUCGCUGUGGCUGUAGGGUUCAGGGAUACGAAACACAUGGGCAAUGCCUCAGGUCUUGCGGUGAUGACUGUGAUGCUGGUCACAACCUGCCUCACUUCUCUAGUGAUCCUCCUAUGCUGGCACAAGCCCCCCCUUGUGGCCCUCGCCUUCCUCCUCUUCUUCGGGCCCCUUGAGCUGCUCUAUUUCUCUGCCUCUCUCACAAAGUUCCUUGAUGGUGCCUGGGUCCCUAUCCUUCUCGCUCUCAUUCUGAUGACCCUCAUGUUCGUCUGGCACUAUGCAACCAUCAAAAGUUAUGAGUAUGACCUUCACAACAAGGUUUCUCUAGACUGGCUUCUCGCACUGGGGCCCGCUUUAGGCAUAGCUAGGGUCCCAGGCAUCGGCCUUGUACUCACCGACCUUGUCUCUGGUGUCCCCGCCAACUUUUCACGUUUCGUUUCGAACCUCCCCGCGUUCCAUAGAGUCCUUGUAUUUGUUUGUGUGAAAUCUGUUCCGGUGCCCCGGGUUCCUGCUGCAGAAAGGUAUUUGAUCGGCAGAGUGGGCCCACCGGGGGCCCGUUUGUAUAGGUGCAUUUCACGAUAUGGAUACCGAGAUGUGCGUCGGGAUACCCAUGACUUUGAGCGCGAGCUUGCAGCUCGACUGGCAGACUUUGUCAGACUGACUAGCAGUCCCCAGUCCCCAGCCUCUCUCUUGCAGUCUGAAACCUCCUUAGAGCGGGGUAGUGGGGAUGAAAUGGUAAAAAUGACUGUUGUGGGGUCAGCUCCAGAUUUCCUUGCAAGUUGUUGCGUUUAUGAAACUGAUGAGAGCCCACAGUCUGUUAGUCUCCAGGAGUCGGAUUUUCGAGCUUCCGAGAAUGGGUUUCGGAGGAGAGUGAGGUUUGUGUUCCCAGAUAGCCCCAGGAUGGAUGAUAGCGUGAGGGAGGAGCUAGAGGAGUUGGCAACUGCACAACAGGCCGGGACUGCAUUCAUAAUGGGGCAUGCACAUGUGAAGGCGAGCCCAGGGUCAUCUUUCUUAAAGAGACUGGCGAUCGAUUAUGGUUACACAUUCUUGAGUCGGAACUGUAGGGGGCCAGCGGUGGCAUUGCGGGUCCCGCAUGUGUCGCUGCUCGAGGUUGGGAUGGUAUAUGUUGUGUGAUGCUCCCUUUACACAUGCGUGGUGUUUUUGCCACACAAAAAAGGUGAUUGGUGUUUUCGCUAGAAAGGUGAUAGAGAAUGUGGUGAUGCAAGUAUCAUCCCAAGGUGCCUUUUGGUAAGAUGACAGUGUUCAAGGUGUUUAGAAAGUUAGCAGUUUUGACCACCUUCAAGGAUCUUGAGCUAUUUGAUCCAUUGUGAAUGUGUUGGUCAACUAACAGUUCAUUGUCUAAGCAUAAUAAUGAAAAGAGAAUACACAAGAAUUACGCGGUUCACCACAA